GCUGCAGUUUUCAGUCAGUGUCACACGCCGGCUGGGAGUGAAAGAAAACACAUCGCAUGUGAUGGCUGGCAUGUUUUUGGAAAGUGCUGACUACAUCCACGCGGAGGAUCCUUUGCGCGCUUUUUAAGUUGUUUUUUUUUCUCUCUCGAGUUGACCGCUCGGAUUUAUUUGAUUAGUUUGUUAAUUAAGUUUUAGUUUCCUCUGGUUGAUUUGCCCAGUAACACUCAUGCAUGAGUCUGCGAGUAAAUUCAACUAUUUGAAACUGUAAGAGGAGUUAAAAUGGAUUGUUUUGUUUUUUCCUUUCUCCUAAUAUUUAUCAAAGAUACAUUUGCAUUGCGUUAUGGCAUCACCAACAACCUGCAAUCAUAUAUGCCGAACGUGUGUGUGGAGAGGGAGGUGACACUGGUUGCCCAGAGGCAGCCGUGCGUGCAGGCCUUCACACGCAUGGUAAAAGUGUGGAAGCAGGGCUGUGUGGGACAGUCAUGGUGCAUGGGAUACGAGAGGAGGACAGCGUACUACACUGCAUACAGACAAGUGUACAGGCAGGAUUAUCAGACAGUGUACAAGUGUUGCCCAGGAUGGUCUCAGCUCAAUGGAGAAGCCGGUUGCCUCUAUCCCGUGUGCAGCUACGGCGUGUGCUUCAACGGGGGCCAGUGUCGGGAGGGAUCGACGCAGCUCUGUGACUGUCCUGCAGGGUUCAACGGACCCAGCUGCCAGUAUGAUGUGAAUGAGUGUGAGGAGACCAACGGGGGCUGUGAGGCUCUCUGCUGUAACACCAUUGGAAGUUUCUACUGCAGGUGUCCUCCCGGGCUGAAACUCAAUGAAGACGGCAAAACUUGUCAAGAUAUUGAUGAGUGCCAGGUCCAUAAUGGGGGCUGCCAGCACAGAUGUGUGAACACCAGAGGCUCCUCUUACUGUGAGUGCAACCCCGGCUCUCGUCUGCAUGUGGACGGACGCACCUGCCUCGCAACCCAUUCAUGUGCCAUCAGCAACGGUGGAUGUGAACACUACUGUGUGCAGCAGUCCGCCGCUCAUUUCCGCUGUCGUUGCAGGCCAAAUUUUGUGCUAGCAGAAGACGGCAAGCAUUGCAAAUUGCAGAAUCCCUGUGCAGAUCAGAAUGGAGGCUGUAUGCACGAGUGUCGGGUUGACGGCGGGAGAGCUCACUGUGACUGUAAAGUUGGUUACAUCUUGGCUGAAGAUGGGAAAACCUGUGAAGAUAUCGACGAGUGUGAGUUAGAGGAAGCCAACUGUGCUCACGGAUGCCACAACACACUGGGCUCGUUCGCCUGUGUGUGUAACACUGCCUACGAACUGGGAUCUGAUGGGAAACAGUGCUACAGGAUCGAGAUGGAGAUCGUGAACAGCUGCGAGAACAACAAUGGAGGCUGUUCACACCACUGCCAACACUCAACCGGUGGGCCGGUUUGCUCUUGUAACCAAGGUUACAGACUGGAUGAUGACCUUAAAACUUGUCUUGACGUGGACGAGUGUGGAGAGCAGAGCUCCUGCUGUGAACAGGACUGUACCAACUACCCCGGGGGUUACGAGUGUUACUGCUCAGCGGGGUACAGACUCAACUCAGACGGAUGUAGCUGUGACGAUGUAGAUGAGUGUCUGGCCGUUAACGGCGGCUGUGAUCACACGUGCCAGAACAGCGCAGGCUCCUUUCAGUGUUUCUGCCGCCGGGGUUUCCGUCUGGAUGAGGACCGGCAGUCCUGCAUCCCUCUGGAAGAUGCAGUUGAAGCUCUGUCCAGCGGAGGAGCCAUUGAGCUGCCUCUCAUUCAGCCCCAGCUCACCUUGAUGCAGGACUACAGCCAAGCCCUGGAGCGCUAUGACGACUACGAGGACGACGAGGGGGAGCUGAGGGCAGAGAGCAACCUGGCAGAGAAAUUCGUUUGUUUGGACGACACAUUCGGCAACGACUGCAGUUUGACGUGUGAUGACUGUUCUAAUGGAGGAAAAUGUAACCCCUGGAAAACUGGCUGUGACUGCCCCGACGGAUGGACGGGCAUCAUCUGCAACCAGACGUGCUCUGAGGGAUAUUUUGGAAAAAACUGCUCCUUCCCCUGUAAGUGCAAAAAUGGAGCCAGCUGUGAUCCGGUCAGCGGGAGCUGUCGCUGUCCACCGGGGGUCAGUGGAGACUUGUGCCAAGAUGGCUGUCCUAAAGGUUUCUAUGGAAAGCAGUGCAAUAAGAAGUGUAACUGUGCUAACAACGGGCGCUGCCAUCGGACCUACGGAGCCUGUCUGUGUGAUCCUGGACUCUACGGACGCUUCUGCCACCUCCCUUGUCCUAAGUGGACUUUUGGCGCAGGCUGCUCCGAGGAGUGUCAGUGUGUCCAGCAGAACACACUUGAGUGUCACCGUCGCCAUGGCACAUGUGUGUGUAAACCCGGUUACCAGGGCAACACCUGCAAGGAAGAAUGUAACCCCGGAACUUUCGGAGCCGGCUGUGAGAAGAAGUGCUCCUGUCCACCUGGAGUGUCAUGUGAUCACGUGACUGGAGGGUGCCAACGGAAAUGCCCUCCUGGACGUCACGGAGAGAACUGUGAACAGGACUGUCCAGACGGCAGGUUUGGAGUGGGCUGCGUGCAUCCUUGUAACUGCACAAGCGCCCCAUGUGACAAAGUGACGGGACAAUGCAAGUGUCCCGCCGGGACGACAGGAGAUCACUGCGAGAACCUGUGUCCUGAUGGUUUCUGGGGUCUGGGCUGCAAACUCACCUGCCCAGUGUGUGAGAACGGAGGCGUGUGUGAUAAACACAACGGGUCGUGUAUCUGUGCUCCAGGGUUCAUGGGCAGACUCUGCCACAGCACGUGCCCGGGUGGACGCUUCGGUCAAGGAUGCCUGAUGAAGUGUGUGUGCGAGAACAACGCUCGCUGUGACCCUGUGAGUGGGCGGUGUACCUGCGCUCCAGGCUGGACCGGACACCAAUGCAGGAAAGCCUGUGAUGCGGGACACUGGGGCGCCGACUGUGCAGAAACAUGUGACUGUAGGAACGGAGACGGCAGCUGUGACGCUGUGACGGGACAGUGUAACUGUGAGGCCGGUUACACUGGAGCACGCUGCCAUCUGAAGUGCCCAGCAGGUAAGUUUGGUCUCGGCUGUCGACAUCACUGUCAGUGUGAUAACAAGGCGUUUUGCGACCAUGUGAGCGGAGCUUGUACCUGCCUGGUGGGAUGGACCGGAACCUUCUGUGAAAAACCGUGUCCUCAGGGUUUCUACGGCCUCGACUGUCAGGUGAAGUGUUUGUGUCUGAAUGGCGGGAGCUGUGACCACCUGAGCGGAGUUUGUUCCUGUCCUGCUGGCUGGAUCGGCUCAUUCUGCAACCUGACGUGCCCAACCGGUUCCUUUGGGGAGGGAUGUAACCAAACCUGUAGUUGCCGUAACGACGGCAUCUGCCACCCGGCCAGUGGACAGUGUGUGUGCACGCCGGGCUGGACUGGACCCAAUUGCACAGAAGAGUGCCCUGCAGGCUUUUAUGGCGCUGACUGUCGGCAGCACUGCUUGUGUCAGAACGGAGCCACCUGUAACAAAACCAACGGAAAGUGUACAUGUGCUAAAGGAUGGAUGGGUGCAGCGUGUGAACUGGAGUGUGUAGCGGGGCGGUCUGGAGAGGACUGUCAGGAGCAGUGUGAGUGUGAGAAUAGUGGUCAGUGUGACAGACAGACGGGACAGUGCAGCUGCAGCGCCGGCUGGAUCGGAGAGCGCUGUGAGAAAGCUUGUGAACCUGGACUGUUUGGUGCGGCCUGUGAGGAGAGAUGUCAGUGUGUGCACGGAGUUUCAUGUCAUCACAUCACAGGAGAGUGUCAGUGCCCGCCCGGCUGGAGAGGAAAGCUCUGUGAUAAAGCGUGUUUGCCAGGUACGUUUGGAAGAGGCUGCAUGCAGCGCUGCAGCUGCGCUCAGGGAACAUCCUGCCACCAUGUCUCCGGAGACUGCGGCUGCCCUGCUGGAUUCACAGGAAACGGCUGCGAACAGACUUGUCUUCCAGGUACAUUUGGACAAAACUGUAACCAGGUCUGUCAGUGCUCUCAGACUAACCAGCUCUGCCACCCAGUGUUCGGAUCUUGUUACUGCGCUCCAGGUUUCCAGGGCCCCAAAUGUGACCAAAUUUGCAGAGAUGGUCGUUAUGGUCCGAACUGUGAGAGAGAGUGUCAGUGUGAAAACGGAGGACGGUGUGUUCCGUCCACUGGAGCCUGUGAGUGUCCUGCAGGAUUCAUGGGAGCAAGCUGCAACAUCACGUGUCCAGCUGGACGAUACGGAGUCGACUGCAGUCGGGCGGCGCUGUGCGGAGAUGGAGCUCAGACCGAUCCUGUCACUGGUCGCUGUGCGUGUGAAGCCGGACGCAGAGGAAACGACUGUGGAAAGGGCUGCCCUCCAGGCUGGUUUGGGGCUGACUGUGUGCAGCGUUGUAACUGCAGUAAUGGAGGUGUGUGUGACUCUACAACUGGAAACUGUUCCUGUGGUCUGGGCUGGACUGGUGCACGCUGUGAAAAAGAAUGCCCUGCAGGCAGAUUUGGUGCAAACUGCCAGCUGACGUGUAACUGUCAAAAUAACGGCACGUGUGACAGAGUGACGGGGACGUGUCAGUGUGGGCCGGGAUAUUAUGGACAUCUGUGUGAACACGCCUGUCCUCCUGGUCUCCACGGCCCACUGUGUCAGCAGCAGUGUGACUGUAUGAACGGAGCAUCCUGUCACCCUGUGACGGGACACUGCAUCUGUCCUCCAGGACGCCACGGGUCCCGCUGCCACAGAGUGUGUGAACAGGGUACGUAUGGUCUCGGCUGUUCAAAGGUGUGCGACUGUGAGGACGACACUCCGUGUGACCCUGUGACUGGAAAAUGUUUCUGCUACUCAGGAAAGACUGGACCAAGAUGUGACAUGGAAUGCAGAGCGAAUCAUUACGGUCCAGACUGUUCAGAAACCUGCGAGUGUGAAAACGGGGCCCAGUGCGACCCACGCAACGGCCGCUGCACCUGCCUGCACAGCUGGAUUGGACUUUACUGUCAAGAAGGUGGACCUCCUCGCCUCUCUCACAGCAGCAGCAGAGGAGAAACACAACACCACAACUCAUUAUAGCACCUGGAAGACGAAAAACUGGAACAGAUCAGCUUCUUUUAUUGAAGGGACUCAAGUGAGUGAGAGCAAGUUGUAGCAGGCAGCUGGACGACCUACAUGGGGGGAAAAAAAAAAAAAAAAAAAAAGACUCUCUAAUGAGAACUGCAGUUUCAUGUUUGGACCUGAGCUGGAUCUGACUUUUUUUUUGUUUCACUGGCCAAAGUGUCACUUGAACUCUGAAAGCUGUUUUUUUCCCCCCCCCCGUCUGACCUCGCUGGUACAUCAGACCCACAGAGUGCAGUGUGAUGAGACUGUGGUUGUGCUGCACUUUUCAUGUUUUGUGUUUAAUAUUUUGUCCUCAAACACCUUAAACAGGUACUGUAUAUAAAAUAAUCAUCUUUUAAGCUCAAAUGAAACCUCUGACAGCGAGGUAAUCAUUGAAACUAUAGUUCAAACUUACCCGUAUAAUGAAGUUGUUCUACAUCCACACAGUAUGAGGUGCUUCCUUCAUUACAAUGGUGCUAUGGAGCUUAAUCGUACAACACAACAAGAUAUGUAUAAUAAUUAUUUUAUCGUAUAAAAUCAUAAGGCACAAACUGUUGUUUAAAUGUCUAAAAAAGAAAGCUGGACUUUAACAGUUCAAUGUAUGGUCACGUAAGAUAAUACAGCCAGCUUUGAUUUGCACCUUGUCCCAGGUUAAGUGUCUAAAUAUUUUCAUUUGAGUUGAUUUUGUGUAUAAGUUGCUUCAUAUUUAUAUGUCACAGUUUUUCACAUUUAAAUAUAAUUCAUGUUUAAAAUGAAUCUUUUUGUUUCCAAAUGGAUGAAAGACUUUGGAGCUCAACCAGAUCUACAGUCCAAGUAAAAACCACAAAUGUAGUUUUCACACGUGAAUCCCAUUAAAGACACACACACACACACACACACAAAGCUUGUUUACCAUUCUUAUUUUAUCAUUAUUUCAUUUUCAUUGAAGAUCAAAGCUGUACAUCCUGUCUAAAUUCAGAUUCAAGCACAGUGCAGAUAGCAACGCCUGCAAGAAAAAAAAGAAACCAAAGAAAAGAAAAGAGGAAAAAAAAAAAGGCAGAGGUGAUCACAACCAGAAAUCUAUAUACAUAAGGUCAAACUAUGUACAGGAGACACCAGGCUCUCAUGAUGUCAUCUUCAGAGUGAAUUCAGCCCUCUGUUU